AUGGUGGCCACGGCCGUUUUGGCUCUGAUGCCUGGCGCAGGCUUCGUUUUUGCUACAAUGGCUUGGGGAGUCUAUCACAAGUCAGCUUUGGUCGCCCUCACCUAUUUGCUCAUCGCCAUCUGCUUCUCAAUCUUCCUCACUGCUCGCCAUAUUCAGCUUGUCCAGCGUCGUCGCAGCACCAAAAUCAGUAGGCAAGCGUCUCUCAACCGGCGACGCAGCCCUGUGGAUUACAACCUCUUUGUGCUCGGCUCUGGUGGGCAUACCAAGGAGAUGCUCAUGAUGAUGGACGAUGGAUUCUGCAACUUUGAUAAUUUCCACCGCCGCUACCUCAUCUCUUCCGGCGAUACCAUGUCCGCGAACCAUCUCGCCGACUACGAAGCUGAGCUGGAGGUCUUCUGCGCUGCGGAGGGCAAGGAGUCCGGAACCCACGACACCUUCACCGUCGCUCGGGCACGCCGCGUUCACCAAUCUAUUCUGACCACUCCAUUUACGGCGCUUCUCAGUCUGCUUGACAUAGCUCCCGCUCUACUCACCCCGCCGGCAAGUGAAGCUGGUGCGAAACUAAAGUAUCCCACUUGCAUUUACUCCAAUGGACCUGCUACCGGAUUCUUUGUUGGCCUAACUGCCCACCUGCUCAAGAUGCUGUACUAUGUCCCCGAGACCUCAAUGCAGUUCAUUUACAUCGAAUCGUGGGCACGUAUCACAACUCUGAGCCUCACCGGAAAGUUGUUCUACUAUACGGGUAUCGCUGAUGUCUUGGUACAGCAUGAGGAAGUGGCCAAGAAGUAUGGUGUCAAGAAUUGUGGGGAGAUGGUGUUCAAUGCUCGACGACCAGCUUGA